CCGCCGGCAGCUCUCCCACCUCCACCCAUCUGCCUCCUUCCGACCGCAACGCUUCCUCUGACUGAUUGAUUGUUUAUUUGCGUCCAAGUCACUCUGCAAGUCAUGUCUUACACCCUCUACGGUUUCGAGCAAAACACCCGUACUCGGGUGUGCCAAAUCACCGCCAAGUACGAAGGCGUCGACCUCAAGAUUAGCAAGGUCCACCCCUACGAGAAAGACGCUGGAUUUGAACCUUAUGUUGAGAAAUUCCCUCACGCCCAAGGCAAAAUCCCGGCAUUAGAAGGUGCAGGUGUAUCCAUCACAGAGUGCGUGGCUAUCUGCCAUUACCUCUCUUCCAUCGCCAACAAGGCCAACUUGCUUGGUAGCUCCAAGGAAGAAGCUGCCGAAGUGCUUCAGUGGAUGGUUUACCUCAACUCAGAGCUUUGCCCUGCUUUGUCUGAACAAUUCCUCUUCCUCCCACCCGCCAACCGCCCUUACAACAAGGCCAAUGUUGCUGCUGCCGAGAAGAAAGCAAACGCUAUGCUUGAUGCCAUUGAGAAGCUCUUGCUUAGCCGCACCUUCCUUGUUGGGCAGCGAAUCACCUUGGCCGAUAUCUUCCUUGCCAACCACUUGGUUCGCCCCUUUGCCACUUGUCUGGAUGCGUCCUGGAGAGCUUGCCACCCGAACGUCCUCCGACACUUCAACACCCUUGUGCACCAACCCAAUUUUAUCGAGGUACUUGGUGGUGAGCCUACCUUGACCGAGACGAAGGUUGAGUUCACCCCUCCUAAAAAAGAAAAGGCCGCUCCUGCUCCCAAAUCCGAAAAGAAAAAAGAGAAGAAAGACGACGAGGAGGAGGAACCAAUGGUCCCUGCCGAGCCAAAGGCCAAGCACCCAUGUGAGGCUCUCGGCCCCGCCAAAUGCUUUCCGUUUGAUGAGUGGAAGCGACAAUAUUCCAACUCGGAAUUCCCCGCUGCCAUGAAAUGGCUCGAGGAGCACAUCGACCUCUCCGAAUACUCGUUCUGGAAAGUCACCUACAAAUACAACGAGGAGUUGACCCAGGUUUUCAUGUCGGCUAACUUGAUUGGUGGAUUCCACAGUCGUUUGGAAGCCUCCCGGAAGUACCUAUUCGGAUCUGCCGGUGUCUAUGGCAAAGCCAACGCUUCAAAAAUCCAAGGAGCCUACAUGAUCCGAGGAUCUGAUUACAAGGCUGUCUUCGAUGUUGCGCCUGAUUGGGAGAGCUACGAGAUCGAGCCCAUUGACUUCAAGAAAGAUAUUGACUUCAUCAAGGGAUGCUGGAACUGGGAUAACACUUUCGAUGGGCUUGAGUACGCUGAUGGCAAAGUAUUCAAGUAAACUAACAUUGAACAAGGGUUGCGUUCCCUGCUUUCACGCCCCCACGAAAACGACGCCGAAAUUUCAAAAAUGAUUAUCUUUUUUUUGAGCCGAUAAUGCGAUCAACUUCCUACUACUUUGACAUCAUGAUGUUUGAAACUGGUGCUCUAAGAUUUGUCAAACGUAGAAAGCUUCAGCCCUGGAGAGCAAUGUUCCUAUGGUUUAUCAUUGCUCCUUUCUUAAUCUACAUUACAAAUUUGGUAUCUUUGAAUCUCUGGAAAUUUUACGAGUGAGAGCUUCGUCGUC